AGUUUGUGCCCCCUUCCACCUGGACGAAGCCACGAUUCCUUCUUGCGUAUAAGCGCAGACACGCAUACGUACACACAUACAGGGGGUACCGACUUACGUAGACGUUGAACACACACACCUGGAAGCCAAUUGGAGAGCCAAGACUUGGCCAAGUCUUUAUAAGUAGGAGCCAUCCGCGUCCUCAGGACUUACUCCCUCUCGAGAACGUGCCACGAUCGGCAACCGAUUUCCAGAAUAGUUCCUGAAAACAGACAUCGACUCGCGCGUCAUUCUUCAUCUCGCGGCUCACGAAGGAUCGUGGUGCAACGAACGUGGAUGUUUGGAAAUUGGAAAAAAAACGAAAAGACAGCCGCGAAAUGAGGAGUUAUACGAAUUAACGGAGGACUUUCGAAGAGAGACCGUCUUUGAUUCUACACAAGACACGCCGAAGAAAAAUCAUGUGGACAAGCUUAGUAAAAUUAGGCUUUGUAACGAUAUUAAUUUCGUCAACAUUUGCCGAACCUGAUCAAAAUAUCAUCGAUUUCUCUAAAAUUUUGAAUGGUUUCGCGUGUAUCGAAGUAGGAUAUCAUGAGGAUCCUCACGACUGUAGAAUAUUCUACAGAUGUGUCGAUUGGGGAUUCGGAAGACCUCUAAGGAAAUUUAAAUUUGAAUGCGCUAUUGGAACAGUAUUUUCGAAACACAAGGGAAACAUAUGUACUUUUCCUAGUGACAGCGGUCGUCCUGAAUGUGGUGGACUACAUACAGACACUACAACGAACAAAAUAAUUUCAAGUACAAGUACAACUGCACAACUUACGACUACGACUCAAGUUACGACUUCUAUCGAAUUGUCAACUGGAAAACCUACCAAUGAUCAGGGACGAAAUCAAUGCGUCCAAGAAGGAUAUUUUCCCGACUUAAAUGAUUGCAGAAAAUUUUAUAGAUGUGUUGAUACAGGAUCCGGAAACUUCAUAAAAUAUGAAUUUGAAUGUGGUGUUGACACUGUCUGGGAUCCAGAUAUAGAAGGUUGUAAUCAUCCUUGGGCAGUAUCACGGGACGAUUGUAAAACAGGAUCUAACACGGGAAACGAAAAUGUCGGACAAGGAAAUAAUACAACUGAUGCUAUAACUAAACCAGAAACAUCAACUACAUCAAUAUCGGAAAAUACAGAAAUGACUGACAUAUCUGCAAGUCCUGGCACUUCUGGUACACCUGGAAUUCCUGAUACAACUGGAACUUCUGGUAUAACUGGAACUUCUGAUAGUUCUGGCACGCCUGGCACUUCUGGCAUAUCUGGAAGUCCUGGCACUACUGGCAUACCUACCACUCCUGGAAUUCCUGGUACGCCUGGAACUUCCGGUACAUCUGGAAGUCCGGGCACACCUGGAACUCCUGGCACCCCUGGAACUUCUGGCACACCUGGUAGUCCAGGCACUACUGGCACACCGGGCACUCCUGGAACUCCUGGUACGUCUGGAACUCCUGGCACUCCUGGAACUCCUGGCACACCUGGAACUCCUGGUACGCCUGGAACUUCUGGCACACCUGGUAGUCCUGGCACUACUGGCACUCCUGGCACUCCUGGUACUACUGGCACACCUGGCACUCCUGGAACUCCUGGAACUUCUGGCACAUCUGGAAGUCCGGGCACACCUGAAAGUCCGGGCAUAUCUGGAACUCCUGGUACUACUGGCACAUCUGGCACUCCAGGAACUUCUGGCACUACUGGCACACCUGGCACUCCUGGUACUCCUGGUACGCCUGGAACUCCUGGUACGCCUGGAACUCCUGGCACAUCUGGAAGUCCGGGCACUCCUGGCACUCCAGGAACUCCUGGCACUACUGGCACAUCUGGCACUCCUGGAACUCCUGGUACGCCUGGAACUCCUGGCACUCCUGGAACUCCUGGUACGCCUGGAACUCCUGGCACAUCUGGAAGUCCCGGCACACCUGGCACUCCUGGCACUCCUGGCACCCCUGGCAGUCCAGGCACUAGUGGUACAUCUGGCACUCCUGGCACUAUUGGCACACCUAGCACUCCUGAAACUUCUGGUACGCCUGGAACUCCUGGCACAUCUGGAAGUCCCGGCACACCUGGCACUCCUGGCACUCCUGGAACUCCUGGUACGCCUGGAACUCCUGGCACAUCUGGAAGUCCCGGCACACCUGGCACUCCUGGCACUCCUGGCACCCCUGGCAGUCCAGGCACUAGUGGUACAUCUGGCACUCCUGGCACUAUUGGCACACCUAGCACUCCUGAAACUCCUGGUACGCCUGGAACUCCUGGCACAUCUGGAAGUCCCGGCACACCUGGCACUCCUGGCACUCCUGGCACCCCUGGCAGUCCAGGCACAAGUGGUACAUCUGGCACUCCUGGCACUAUUGGCACACCUAGCACUCCUGAAACUCCUGGUACGCCUGGAACUCCUGGCACAUCUGGAAGUCCCGGCACACCUGGAACUUCUGUCACUCCUGGCACCCCUAGCAGUCCAGGCACUAGUGGUACAUCUGGCACUCCUGGCACUAUUGGCACACCUAGCACUCCUGAAACUCCUGGUACGCCUGGAACUCCUGGCACAUCUGGAAGUCCCGGCACACCUGGCACUCCUGGCACUCCUGGCACCCCUGGCAGUCCAGGCACAAGUGGUACAUCUGGCACUCCUGGCACUAUUGGCACACCUAGCACUCCUGAAACUCCUGGUACGCCUGGAACUCCUGGCACAUCUGGAAGUCCCGGCACACCUGGCACUCCUGGCACUCCUGGCACUCCUGGCACUCCAGGCACCCCUGGCAGUCCAGGCACUAGUGGUACAUCUGGCACUCCUGGCACUAUUGGCACACCUAGCACUCCUGAAACUCCUGGUACGCCUGGAACUCCUGGCACAUCUGGAAGUCCCGGCACACCUGGAACUUCUGUCACUCCUGGCACCCCUAGCAGUCCAGGCAUUAGUGGUACAUCUGGCACUCCUGGCACUAUUGGCACACCUAGCACUUCUGAAACUUCUGGUACGCCUGGAACUCCUGGCACAUCUGGAAGUCCCGGCACACCUGGCACUCCUGGCACUCCUGGCACCCCUGGCAGUCCAGGCACUAGUGGUACAUCUGGCACUCCUGGCACUCCUGGCACCCCUGGCACUCCAGGCACCCCUGGCAGUCCAGGCACUAGUGGUACAUCUGGCACUCCUGGCACUAUUGGCACACCUAGCACGCCUGAAACUCCUAGCACACCUGGAACUCCUGGCACAUCUGGAAGUCCCGGCACACCUGGCACUCCUGGCACUCCUGGCACCCCUGGCAGUCCAGGCACAAGUGGUACAUCUGGCACUCCUGGCACUAUUGGCACACCUAGCACUCCUGAAACUCCUGGUACGCCUGGAACUCCUGGCACAUCUGGAAGUCCCGGCACACCUGGCACUCCUGGCACUCCUGGAACUCCUGGUACGCCUGGAACUCCUGGCACAUCUGGAAGUCCCGGCACACCUGGCACUCCUGGCACUCCUGGCACUCCUGGCACUCCUGGCACACCUGGCACUCCUGGCACUCCUGGCACUCCUGGCACCCCUGGCAGUCCAGGCACUAGUGGUACAUCUGGCACUCCUGGCACUCCUGGCACUCCUGGCACUCCUGGCACCCCUGGCACUCCAGGCACCCCUGGCAGUCCAGGCACUAGUGGUACAUCUGGCACUCCUGGCACUAUUGGCACACCUAGCACUCCUGAAACUCCUGGUACGCCUGGAACUCCUGGCACAUCUGGAAGUCCCGGCACACCUGGCACUCCUGGCACUCCUGGAACUCCUGGCACCCCUGGCACUCCUGGCACCCCUGGCACUCCAGGCACCCCUGGCAGUCCAGGCACUAGUGGUACAUCUGGCACUCCUGGCACUAUUGGCACACCUAGCACUUCUGAAACUUCUGGUACGCCUGGAACUCCUGACACAUCUGGAAGUCCCGGCACACCUGGCACUCCUGGAUCUCCUGGCACGCCUGGAACUCCUGAAACUCCCGGCACAUCUGGAAGUCCCGGCACAUCUGGAAGUCCCGGCACAUCCGGAAGUCCGGGCUCAUCUGGUAGUAGUGCUGGAACACCUGGCACUCCUGGAACUUCCGAAAGUCCCGGCACAUCCGGAAGUCCGGGCUCAUCUGGUACUCCUGAAUCGCCUGAAACAUCUGCAACAUCUGAAAUUUCAGAAUCUUCAAGCAUAACUGAAUCUUCUGAGACAUCGGCAACAUCUGAAACGUCUGGAACAUCUGAAAGACCAGAAUCUUCAAAUGCAACUUCAAAUUCUUCUCAAACUAUUGGCACUACUGCACUUAAAUUAACAACUACUCCAACUCCUGGUAAUACUGGUACAGAUAACAAUAAGAGUACACCAAACUCCUUAGCAACACUCAGCACGCAUGGAUCAAAUAGCACUGCAACAAUAACUUAUACACCAAACACGCCUGGGGAAUUUGAAACAAGCACACAUACUAAACUAACAACGAGCAUACAAGGAUCUUCAACAAGUGCACAUCAUAUACCUGAAACUCCAACCAUUCCUGAAAUUACAAUAAAUACAGAAUCUUCGAGCACAUUCAAUGCAGAAACUCCUAUUAAUCCAAAACCUCCAGCAACUGAAGCUACAGUGACCACGGAAACUCUUAGUAAUACAGAAUUUCCACACACUACUGAGAGCACACAAUCUUCUAACAGUCCAGUAUCUCCAGUUACACCUGAAGCUACAGAAAUUCAUAGUAGUCCAGAAUCUCCACUCACUACUGAAAGCUCUGUUAGUACAAAAUCUCCUGCCACUUCAGAACCUAUAACCACUGAACCUAUAGUGAGUACAGAAACAUCUAGUAGUGCAGAAUCUCUAUCCACAACUAAAGCUGUACAAUCUAUGAGCACUCCAUUAUCUCCAGUUACUCCUGGAGCUACAAUAAGCACAAAAACUCCGCGUACUCCAGAAUUUUCUGUUAUUACUGAAACUGCACAAUCUUCUAGCACUUCAGUACCUCCAGCUACUCCUACAGUUAGCACAGAAACUUCUGAUAGUGAAUCUGUAGUUACUAUUGAAACUUCAGUUAGUAGAGAAUCUUCUGCUACUCCAGAACCUACAGCUACUAAAACCAUAGUUAGCACAGAAACUCCUGGUAAUCCAGAAUUUCCAGUCACUACUGAAACCUCAGUUAGUACAGAAUCUCCGCCAGAACCUAUAUCCACUGAAAUUACAGUGAGCACAGAAACUUCUGGUAGUCCAGAAUCUCCACCCGCAACUGUAGCUAUACAAUCUUCGAGCACUUCAGUACCUCCAGCUACUCUUACGGUUAGCACAGAAACUCCUGGUAGUGUAGAAUCUCUAAUCACUACUGAAACCUCAGUUAGUACAGAACCUUCUGCUACUCCAGAACCUACAGCUAUUAAAACUACAGUGAGCACAGAAAUUCCUAGUAGUCCAGAAUCUUCAUCCACAACUGAAACCGCACAAUCUUCGAAUAGUUCAGUACCUUCAGCUACUCUUACAGUUAGCACAGAAACUCCUAGUAGUUCAGAAUCUCUAGUCACUAUUACUAGUUCAGAAUCUUCAUCCACAACUGAAGCCGCACAAUCUUCGAGCACUUCAGUAUCUUCAGCUAUUAAAACUACAGUGAGCACAGAAACUCCUAGUAGUACAGAAUCUCUAGUCAUUACUGAAACUUCAGUUAGUAGAGAAUCUUCUACUCCAGAAUCUACAGCUAUUAAAACUACAAUGAGCACAGAAAUUCCUAGUAGUCCAGAAUCUUCAUCUAUAACUGAAGCUGCACAAUCUUUGAGCACUUCAGUAUCUCCAGUUACUCUUACGAUUAACACAGAAACUCCUAGUAGUGCAGAAUCUCUAGUCACUAUUGAAACUUCAGUUAGUACAGAACAUUCUGCUACUCCAGAACCUACAGCUAUUAAAACUACAGUGAGCACAGAAAUUCCUAGUAGUCCAGAAUCUUCGUCCACAACUUCGAGUAGUUCAGCCGCACAAUCUUCGAGUAGUUCAGUACCUUCAGCUACUCUUACAAUUAGCACAGAAACUCCUGGUAAUUCAGAAUUUCCAGUCACUAUUGAAACCUCAAUUAGUACAGAAUCUCCUCCAGAACCUAUAUCCACUGAAAUUACAGUGAGCACAGAAACUUCUGGUUGUCCAGAAUCUCCAUCCGCAACUGAAGCUAUACAAUCUUCGAGCACUUCAGUAUCUCCAGCUCCAGUUAGCACAGAAUCUCCUGGUAGUCCAGAAUCUCCAUUUACUACUGAAGUCACACAAUUUUCUGAUAUUCCAAUUAUUUCUAAAAGUACAGCAAACACAGAAUCUUCUAAUAAUUCAGAAUUUCCAACUGGUACUGAAAUCACAGUUAGUACAGAAACUGCUAUGACUUCAAAAACAUUAGGGAUUUCUAAUACUCCUUAUCCCUUGUCUACUAGCACAUUUAUUACACAAGACAUUUUUUCGACUCUUACUUCUGUUAGUGAGUCUAUCACUAACAGUGUUUCCAGUUCACCUAUUUCUUCUAAUUCAUCUCAAUCUACUGAUACUCCUAGUGCACCUAAUAUAUCUGUUACUCCUGCUACUUCUGACACGCCUAAUAUUUCUUCAGGUACCCCUGGAAGCACAAACGUUCCUGGUACGUGUACUGAAGAAGGAUUUUUCCCUGAUCCUGAAGAUUGUCAUAAAUUUUAUCGUUGUAUCGGCAGUGGUUCAUCAUUUAUUAAAUACGAAUUUUUAUGCGGUCCUGGUACUGCUUGGGAUUCUAUUCUUCAGAGUUGCAAUCAUGAUUACCUCGUUUCAAAUUGUAAAGAGGGACCUAGUUCAUCCAGUUCUUUAGUCACUUCUUAUCCAGAAUCAACCAUUUCUUUAAGCACUACUACAGAUCAAGAUUCAACUGACCACGAUGUUAUUAUUGCUACUACUGCAUCUAAUAUAUCUAAAGAAACAUCAUCCGUUUCUCCUACUACUCAGACAAUUAGACCGGAAUCCACUUCUUCUGGAACUGUUACAGAAUCAAUAUCCUAUUUACCUCCUGUAAAUAAUACUAUUUCUACUACUACUGCGGCGACCAUAACAGUUAGUACGUCUCCUGAAAUAGAAUGUACUCAAGAAGGAUUCUUUCCUGAUCCUGAAGAUUGUCGUAAAUUCUAUCGUUGUGUCGGUAGUGGUUCAACAUUUAUCAAGUAUGAGUUCCAAUGUGGUACUGGUACUGCUUGGGAUUCAGCUCUUCAAAGUUGUAAUCACGAUUAUCUCGUUACUAAUUGUAAUGGAUCUACAGUUACUACGGAAUCAAAUUCAUCUGAAAAUGAAAUUAAUAACAAUACUAGUCAAUCAAGUACAUCACAAACAGAAAGUAUAUCAUCGGAUAGCACAACAUCUUCUUUAUUAACUAGUAGUCCAUCAAUUUCAUCGACAUCAUCUGAUGUUACAUCGUUGACCAACGAACAAACAGAUAUUUCAACAAUUAUUACAUCAACAGGAUCACCAUCCACUACAGCUGAAUCAAAUAUUCCUAUCACUCAGCCUAGUCUGCCAUCUUCCACAUCUGAAGCAGCCAGUUCUCAAUCUACAAUAUCAUUUUCUACUACGUCACUUCCAUCUGAAACAAGUACAAACAGUUCUGAAUCAAUAUCUCCAAGUAUUACAGAAUCUGUUUCAUACUUGCCACCAGAGAGCAGUACAACGUCUAGCCCAGAAACAACUACUAUGUCAUCUUCCAUUGCAUUUGAAACAAGUACUACUAGUUCUGAAUCUAUACAAUCAUCUUCCACCAUAUUACCAAUAUCUGAAACAACUACGGCCAGUUUUGAAUCAAUAUCUCCAAAUAUUACAGUAUCCGUUUCAUAUUUGCCACCAGAGAGUAGUACAACAUCUAAUUCAGAAACAACUACUGGGUCAUCUUCUACUGUACCUGAAAUAAAUACAACUAAUUCUCAAUCUACAGAAUCUUCUUCUACUAUAUCACUUGUAUCUGAAACAAGUACGACCAGUUCUGAAUCGAUAUCUCCAGAUAUUACCGUAUCCGUUUCAUAUUUGCCACCAGAGAGCAGUAUUACACCAACAUCAGGAACUACUAUAACCAGUUCAUCUUCUGGAACAGCGCAAUGCUCAGAAGAAGGUUUUUUCCCAAAUCCGAAUGAUUGUACGAAAUUCUAUCGUUGUGUAUAUUCUCAAAAUGGAUUACAACGAUAUGACUUUGACUGUGCACCUGGUACGGCUUGGGAUCAGACUCUUCAAACUUGUAACUAUAUUGACCAGGUAACUUCUUGCUCUUCAGAUAAUAAAGAUCAUAUUCAAGGAUCUUCAAGCACUUCUACAGUAUCUGAUUUAACAACACCUAGUAGUUCUACUAUUACUACUAUUAGUUCAAUUACUAACAGUACGUUAAUUCCUACAAAUACGAGUACAACGGAAAUACAAUCAUCGAGUAGUGAAAGCUCAACUUCUGUAUCCUCAACUUCUUCGAUAUCUUCUACAGAAUCAAAUAUUUCAGACUGUACUUCGAAAAAUCCUAACAAUAUCAUAGUUUGUAACAAACCAGGUUUCUAUCCGCAUCCAACACAGUGUAACAAAUUCUAUCGUUGCGUCGAUAAUGGGAAUGGUUUUAACGUAUAUUAUUUCGAUUGUGCACCUGGAACUAUAUUUGAUCCUAGCAUUAGCGUAUGUAAUUAUCCUGAAUCAGUCUAUCCUCCAAGAGAUUGCAAAAUACCUACGUCGAGUCCGUCUACUAGUACAGAACAAACAACAUUUUCUACUGAAUUUACAACACAGUCGAUAACAACUGAAGAAAUUGAAUCUACAACUUCAUCCUUGACGCAAACGAGCACAACUAUAGAAUCAAGUACGCAAUUUACUUCUGAAUCAACAACAGAAUCUACAUCUGAAACAACGUCUGAAUCGUCUACAAUUGAAUCAACAUCUGAAUCAUCAACGACUUCAGAAUCCACAACUGAAUCAAAUUCAGAAUCUACAUCUCAAAUAUCAACCGAAUCUACAUCUGAAAUAAACACAGAGUCUACAUCUGAAGCAAUCACUGGAUCCACUUUUGAAACUACUACUAUCUCUGAAGUAACCAUAGAAUCUACGUCUGAAUCAACUAGUGAAUCCACGACUCAGGCAACUGCAGAAUCAACAUCUGAAACAACUAAUGAAUCUAUAUCUCAAGCAACUAUAGAAUCCACAGAAUCAACUUCAGAAACUAUUACAACUGAAGUAAGUACAGAUUCUAGUUCUAGUAUAACGAUAAAAUCAACUUCUGCAGGAACUACUGAAAGUAAUACGGAAUCCAGCUCGGAACAAAUUACUGAAUCCACUGAAAUAUCUACUUCAACGACAGAAUCUCAAAAAUCGACUACACAAAUAUCUAUUUCUACAAUGGAACCUUCUAUUCAAACGCCUUGUCCAAUCGGAAAUUUAACUGACGAACAAAUAGCACUAAUUUGUCCAACAGGUUUCCGAAGACAUCCAAAAUACUGUAAUUUAUUUUAUCAAUGUACUAUUGAAGGUAAGAUGGAGAUAAACGUACUUGUAUUAAGCUGUCCAGAGGGAAAAAUUUAUGAUGAAGAAAAAAUGCAAUGUUUAUCUGAAAGUAAAGCCAAUAAAGCUUGCACUGGUAGUAAAGCAAUUGGUAGAUUUUAUAGAAGAUUGGAAAAGAGUGAAGUAUCUCCUAUAAAGGUGUCGAACGAAUCAUUUUGUCCGGAAGAAGGUCAUUAUCCUUAUAAAUUAGGUUGCAGCAACAUAUUCUAUAAUUGCAAACGAGAUUUCAAUGGUAAUCUUCAGGCUUACAUGUAUAAAUGCCCACAAAACUACUUGUAUUGGUCGGUUUCGAGAAGAUGUGAACGUACUGUACGAUUACCAAUGUGUGCAUUAUUUGCGCGUGAAGAUAUUGAGAAUUGGGAUAAGAAAUGGAAGAUUCCAGUAGAAAAAAUUAAUUUGUCUGCCAGAAACUUAAAGUUUAUAGAUCAUUAAAUAAUAUUUUCUUUAUCUCGAUAGAAAGUUUUAAUAGUUCGAAAGGACAGUAAACUCUCAGGAUAAUUUCUGACGUUAUCUUGUUUUAUAAUUAUAUUUGAAGGAAAAAUAUUAGAAUAUAUCUAAAUAUCUGCACAACAUGGCUACGGAAGAUCUCAUAAAAAAAUAUUCAGAUCUUCAGCAGUCAUCUUGUGACAAUUAAUUAGUCUAUAUCGAUUUAUGUAUAGAAAUUAAUUCGUAAUAAUUGUUGAAAAAUAUAACUAGAAUUUUCUUACGAUUUUUCGCUAUGAAAUCGUAAAGUCGUUGGAAAAUACAUUGCGAAAGUUGGGAUUUUUGGUUGAGGGACUUGUAUGCAAUAUUCAACUGUAUUCAGUAAUUUGUGAUACAUAUUUGAACAUUUUUAUACGACUACGUAUUCAUAAUUUUAUAAUAACACUUUAUUUUAAAACACUUUAUAACAUAAUAUGAAAUUUUAUGUGCAUAUAAAGAAACCUUAGCACCAUAUUCUGAAUACAGUACAAAAUUAACUUUGCAAAGAUAAUUUUGUAUAUAAUUAUAUGUCAAUUAUUCUAAUUGUUCCUUCCUUUAUAUAAAACAUUUCAUUUAUUAUCUUUAUUUCUUUCUAUAAUUUUUAUGUUUAUAGAAAGAUAUCUAUGUUAAAAUAUUACUUAUUUUAAAUAAGUAAAAAAAAGUGCUACAUAAUGCGUUUAUUACAAUUUAGUGAUAAACAUGAAGCAUUUAUAGAAUUGUUGUUGAAUGUGUAUAAAUAUUGUGUGUGUCUGUAUUAGAUUUUUUUGCAAAUUGAUAUCAAUAAAUAAAUAAAUUUUUUGAUGAAGUAAAAAA